AUGUUAUCCUUCAUAUCAUUUUCAUCACAGUCUACUGAUUCCACUUAUCAUCGAUCCGCGCGACAUCAUCCAGAUGUUGAGGAUCUUAUGGAUGUGGAUGACGAUGAUUUUUCAGGUUCUGAGCCGAGGCUGACUUGUCCAGGGGAGACCAUCACAUCAUCGCAAGCAUUCAUGCGCGGUCAUGGGACAUACGUCGACAAAGAGGAUGUCAUUGCCUCCGUCGUGGGGACUGUAGAACGGGUGAACAAACUAGUGACCGUUCGUGCGAUUCGUACCAGAUACAAUCCAGAGGUGGGAGAUCUUGUCGUUGGGCGCAUAACAGAGGUUCAACCUCGAAGAUGGAAAGUAGAUGCCAAUUCACGUCAAGAUGCCAUCUUGAUGCUUUCGUCAGUCAAUCUACCCGGAGGGGUACAACGUCGGAAAUUAGAGAGUGAUGAACUCCAAAUGCGAAAUUUCUUUGAAGAAGGGGAUCUUCUGGUUGCCGAGGUACAAGCAUUUUUUUCGGAUGGCGCCAUGUCGUUACACACGCGAUCUUUAAAGUACGGCAAGCUGCGGAACGGCCAACUCGUGACAGUACCCCCAAUAUUGGUUCGGCGAUUAAAGUCUCACUUCAUAUCUUUGCCAUGCGGCGUCGACCUUAUUCUGGGGUUGAACGGCUACAUAUGGGUUAGCAAACAAGCGAAGGACAGUGACCAAGGCGAAGAGGGUUUUGAUGCUGAAGCGGUGUAUUCGAACCAAAAUGAUGACAUCGACAGUGCUACUCGUGCAGCAAUCUCGCGCGUCAGUAACAUUAUUCGCGUCUUUGCAGACCAUUUUGUUCCUUUAACGGAUACACUUUUACUGGAAGCCUACGAGUGGGUGAUCGAACAAGAAGGGGAUGCCAAACGUUUGUUAUUGGGUGAUACAGGUGAUGCGCUCGUCGCUGCCAUGAGUCUUAGAUGUUGA